UUAUUCCUGAGAGUUUGAACCGCAGGCUCUCAUUCCUCACUCCAGAGUGAGGGGACCCACGCUGUGCAGCUCAGGCAGGCUGCCAUUUGCUUUGCAUCACUGAGACAUAUUGUUUAUUUGUCCUGUCUCCCUGCAGAGCCGCACUGCGCUUUUAGUUAAAUAAACUGUUCCAUUCACACAGCCUGCUGGGAGGAACUCAAACACACUGUGGAAUGACUCUGAGAGCAUCUUGAAUGGAUCUCUGGCAGCUCUGCUGUCGAUUGUGAAAGGGCCUGAUCCUUUUCAGCAUUUAUUUUUCAGGAGAUCCUUAAAUAACAUAAUGAGUCUCACCUUUUAGAUUCAUGUAUUUGACUGGGGUUCUUCAUUGGAAAACACCUUGUUAAUUACACAACAGCUCUGACUAGCUGAUCUGAGCUGUGACUGGGUAGGGUGGAGCAGUCCACAUUCACCAAUAGGAAAGUGUCAGGUUUGAUUGACACCCGUUCCGUUAGAUUUUCCUCAGCUUGGAUAUCUCCUCCCCGGCUGCAUUCGCUGAGCUGCUGGUCAGAAGCAGAGAAUAAACAGAAUGAAGGCAUUGAUCAGCAAAGCACAACCAACCUGCUGCACAGUCAUUGAGAACAAAGGCAUUGAUCAGCAAAGCACAACCAACCUGCUGCACAGUCAUUGAGAACGAAGGCAUUGAUCAGCAAAGCACCAGCAACCCACUGCACAGUCACUGAGAAUGAAGGCAUUGAUCAGCAAAGCACAACCAACCUGCUGCACAGUCAUUGAGAACAAAGGCAUUGAUCAGCAAAGCUCCAGCAACCUGCUGCACAGUCAACAGGGUUCAUGAUGAGUCAAUAAAGAAAUGUGAUACUCUGAAAGUUAGAGAUUUAUUCCAGUGAUUCCAGCGAUAUGUCACACAGCGAUAGCUCUGUGUGACGGAGCGGCGCUGGUCUCUUUUCCAGGGCAGUAUUCUUUAGCUGGCCCCUGCAAAACUACCCUGACUGUUUCUCCCAGGGCUUGGAGCUACGAUGCCAGUCCUGAAGAGCCUGCCUGGGAAGCUCAGAGACUUUAAGCGCAGCCGGACUCUGGGAACGCCGUCGACAGCCCCAGCAGCGCUAAUCCUAGGAACAAUGAACGGGGGGGCAAACCCCUUCGAGGAGGAGGGGGGUGAGGAGGGGGCCAACCCCUUUGAGGAGAAGGAGGAGGAGGAGAGGGGUGGGGCGAACCCCUUCGAGGAAGAGGAGGAGGGGGAUAGCCCCGCCAGACCCUCCCCGGAUCCCUUGAAGGACGAGGAGCGCAGCAGCCCCCUGAAGGGAACUCUGGACAGGAUCCGGGGGGUCUCCCCUCUCAAGACCCUGGGCAAGCUGGGCAAAGGGAUUCGCAGCUCCGUUAGAGGAAAGGGGACCACCGGGGAGGAGAAGACCCCCAGCAGGUCCUCUGAGAAGGACAAGAAGAAGAGCAGCCGCAGGAGCUCUGAGGAGCUGACAUCGAUACUGAGUCGUCUCCCUGGGAAGCGCAAGGAGAGCCUGUCGAAUGGUGAGCCGAGCCCCACAGAAAGGGAGGGGGGAGAGGGGGACCCCAAGAGGAGACUCUCCUUCCUGAAGAUCGGCCUGGGGGGUAAGAGCCGGUGCGAUUCCCCGGCCGAAAAACUGUCCCUGGAGGGGGAGCGAGUGGAGGAAGAGAAAGAGGCAGAGAAGGAAGAGGAGAAGAAGGUCAAAGAGCCACUUUCAGUGUUGGAGAUCCUGCGGCUUGUGAUGAAGCGGGACCUGUUUGUGGCCGACACGCACAUCCUGGAACUGGAGCGGGAGUGCGAGGGAGAGGGCGGGGCUGGGGGCGGGGCCGAGGAGGCAGGUGGGCAGGCCCGGGACAGCGGACGUAAGUUGAAGGACGUGGAGCUGCUGUACGAGGCGCUGCUCAAGGAGCUGGGGGAGGUGGUGCGUGAGUCCUUGCUCCCCGACAGCCCUGCCCCGCCCCCCGCACUGCCCCUGCUGCUCCAGGUCAUCGAGCAGGAGGAGCGGGCCGACAGGGAGUGGGCUGAGAGGGAGGCCGGGGGCCCGGAGGGCCUCUCUCGGCCCCGGCAGCUCCGCAGGAAGUGGAAGGAGAAUGUGGCGGAGUCGGCCAGCAGCAGGCUCCCAUGUAGGCAGGACGCAGGGGCCCUUGCCGGGUUCCUGGGGGCUCUGAGUGAGCGCGUGGUGCAGGACCUGUGUACUGUGAAGAGGAACGCACUGCCCUGCUACCCCCCCGAGUACGAGGCCUUCGCGGUGCACCUGCAGAGCUACCAUCAGGCCGUGGGGCAGAGACUGAGAGAGGCGGCCGCAGCUGAGCUGCACAUCACUGAGCUGCACACACUGCUAGACUGGGUGCACAACACUUACAACAGGGAGGUGCUCGAUCACUCUGCCUUCAGGGAGCUCACUUCCGGAUCCCAGCUGUCUCCUCUGCUGCCCCUCGACACCCUCAGCAAGCUGGAGAGAGACUACGUCAGCUUCGUCAAGGAGACGGUGACGGGGGAGCUGUCUCAGGACCUGGAGGCCGAGGAGAGGCGCUGGGGGGAGUCUCUGCAGAUCGAGGAGUAUCAGAGCAGCCUGGCCAGCAACGUGAUCGCGAAACUGCAGAUUCACCUGGACAGGGCCUCCCGCAUCACUGCGGAGCUGGGGGCGCGCGUGGCUCACUGCUGCCUCUCUGGCCUGGCUGACUUCCUGCAGAGCUUCCAGAAGAAAGUGGAAGUGUUCCACCAGUACCAGACUGAGAGUGGAAACCCAGCAGAGGGCUUCGUAGCCAAAACUAUCGCCCUGGUAAACUGCUGCCCUCCCUUCAGGAGUUUCCUCCAGCGCUGUGCUCAGUGCGAGUCUCAGGACUGUGAGGACGGGCUGAGGAGAGGCGUGGCAGCCCUCGACAGGAUCGUGAGUCUGGGGGUGAAGGUGCUGGUAGAGCAACUGUUCCAGCAGAUCAAGCCCUACUUUGAGAAGCUGGUGAAGAGGAAGUGGCUGAACAACACUGAGGCCUUCGACUCGAUCACAGAGACAAUCAGAAGCCACUUCAAGACCUUCUGCAGGAUGGAGGGGGCCCCCUACCAGGCGCUGGUGUGUGAGGUGCACAGGCGUGUUCUCGUGGAGUACCUACGCGCUGUAAUGCGCGGUCGCAUCAUCUGCACCUCCACCAAGAAGAGGAAGAAGAUGUCAGGCAGGCUGAGGGAUGAAGGCAGGCAGAUCAAAGAACUCUUCAGAGAACUGGAUUCUGGGAGCUCCUGGUUGGACAGCGCUGUACCCCAUGUCUCUGAGAUCAUCGUGCUGGAGGACACCCCCUCUAUUCAGAUGGAAGUUGGGUUGCUGGUGAGCGAGUACCCUGAUGUGCGUAAGAAACACGUUGCCGCCCUACUGGAUCUGCGGGGGAUGCUUCGCCAGGUGGAGCGGACAGAGAUACUGAACAUCAUGAAGGACUUGGAGUCCAGCCUGCAGCCCCUCCCCCGGGACCGGGCGCUCUUCUCUGAGCUCCCCGUCACCUCGGAGGCGCGCUGCCUUAACCUGGGUCUCAGCCGGGUCGCCAUCACCACCUCCUCCCUGCUGACACUGCUCAGAGAGCGGGCUGGGAGAGGGAGGGGGGAGAGGAAGAGCAGCUCUGAGAGAGGAGAGAGGGGAGAGAGAGAAGAGAGGAGAGGGGAGGGCUCAGCCGCAUCGCCAUCACCACAUCCUCCCUGCUCACACUGCUCAGAGCCCGGGUCGGGAGAGGGACAGGGGAGAGGGAGAGGGAGAGGAAGAGGGAGAGGGAGGAGAGAGAGGAGGAGGAGAAGCUGUGAGAGAGAGGAGAGGCAGAGGGGAGAGAGAGGGAGGAGAGAGGAGGAGCAGCUCUAAGGGAGCAUAGAGGAAGAGAAAGGAGAGAGGUUAGAGGAGGAGCAGCUUUGAGAGAGAAACUAAAUUCCAGUCUUCAUCACAGGGAUUGUGCUUCCUGGGGUUUCAGCUGAAAUAGACCGAACUGGGUUUGGCGUGGAAACAAGCAGGACUGUGUUGAGCGCAGUCUCAGUGACAGGUGGAAACGAGCAGGACUGUGUUGAACCCGGUCUCAGUGACAGGUGGAAACGAGGCUCACUGCUGCACUGUGGACCAAGCGAGCUGCAGACUGGACUGGGAACCAGGACAGAGCCCUGUGGAAGAUACCAAAAUAUAAAAGAGACAGGCUUUCUCACAGUCUGCAUCCUUCCACCAGUCUCCAAUCUGCAGGGCUGGAAAAUCAAUGAAAUAAAAAACGAUUCAGACGAAGCAGCGAAAGGUUUCCUCCCCAGGAGUUACGUUGCUUGCAGUAAUAAGAGAUUCUUUCACAGUUUCAGUUAGCAGUUCUCCACUCCCACAGUCCGGGGUUGCAUACAUUUAAAGGGGGGUGUUUGGGGAUUAUGGGUUGCUUACUUAUUUAAUAUUGAAAAAAUCAAGGCAACUAUUCAUUUAUAGUAUUUGAAUCAAAUAGCAGUAAUAAUUCUAAACAUUCCUGUAAUUCAUUUUUUAAUUGUGACUGGUUUAUACUGGAGGAAAAAUAUGAGAAGAUAGAGAGAAGGAGGGAGAUAGAGAGGAGGCAGGGGUUGUCAAACCUGAAGAUUAUGUUAAAACACAGCGAGGCAAAGGUGGGCUUGCAGCUGCGAACACCAGCAAUAAGGCAUUCAACCCAGAAACAGAUGAGAUCGUGAAGCAUGUACUGUUAGUCCAUUAGGUCUGGAAACAAAACUGCUAUCCCUUUUUCCUCAAUGAUCAGGUCUGCUCCCAUUUGGUUUACUAAUUAACCCCUGAGUUUAGCAGAUUAAACAGUUACAGCUAAAACACUGGUCAUAAUUCAGAAAACACAUUCCAAAGCAGGCCUGCCAAGGGUGAGGGAGCCUCCUUCUCUACUCUUGUAAGAGUACAGUGACAGCAUGGUAAACAUAUUCCAAAAAAAAACCAAACAUUGUAAACUGUAAAGCACAGGGAGGAAUGGUA